GUUUACCGUAUCUUCGUGUCUGCGUCUGUGGGUGAUUGUAUGUGUGUGUUGUGCGUGUGCGCGCAUACGUGUUGUGGCCUCUUCCAUCUCUCUCUCCCUCUUCCUCUCUUCCCUCCCCUUUCCUCUCGUCCGUACCCAACCCGUUCUCCUACCGCAUUCCCUUCCCCUACGUUGCCAGCCGUCAUUGCUUCCUUGCUUUCUCCUAAUAAACAAGCCUUUUACCUGUUACUCCUAAUUGACACAUUGUCCUGUAAAUCCCUUUCUCCUCACAUUGUGAUUUGCUUCAUCUGUGCGGACGGAAAACUCCUUGCUGACGUCCUGCUGACGUCUUGGUCUCAUGCCUCAUUAAUCCGACCUUCCCCCUCUUCCUGAGCGCACCCCUUCUAAGUCGGGUCUGGUCCGGGCUCUUGGUUUUAACGAAUCUCUUUUCCAUCGAAAGAAUAUUCCCCUACAGAAUAUCCUCCGCGAGAUCUGUGUGUCUGAGAGAUGGGCGCUGCACAGUCUCUCCCGUCAGAGCAUCGACCUGGAAAUCACACCGGCACUCUUCCUCCCCGAACUAAGCUCACCAAACCUCGUACAAAUUCCAUCACGGCUCGAGACCAUCCAUACAGGAACAGGUUCUCUGUUUCUCAGCCGAGGGCUGCCUUGCCAGAUGUCGCCCAUCACUUGGGACCGGAACCUGAAGCGUUGGGGACUAAAUGUACUGGGGGUGGGGGGAAUCAUUUAGUUGGGUCGGUUACACUCCCUGUAUAUGCCAAUUUAGGAAUAAAUGCAGGACUUCAAGAUCUGGAGGUGACGUGGGUUGGUGGAGGCGAACGUUCUACUGGGAUUUGCGCAGUCAGGCACUCUAGGGCCAAUAGUAGCGCAGGGUCCUUCACGGCGCGCAACGAACGCGAUAGGACGACUGCUGCUGUUGGAACAGUUAGACGUAGAUCGCAACUUCUGGCCGCACCGCCUGCAACCGCUACUAGAAGAACCAAAUGUCAGAGCCUGACAAUGGAUUAUGGGGACUACGUGGACUGUUUCUCCCAACAACCGUAUGCCGCGCCUGCUGAGCUAGAUGCCGGGCGUUGUACAACACCCUCGGGAUAUAGUGUCAUUGGUGCAUUUAAGCGAGGGUCUUUGAGAAUCGUUAAUGGUGCUGCGUCUCCGGCUCCGUCUUCUGCGCCGGCAUCCCCUAGAAUUUCGGCUGAAAAAGAGCCGUCUCAUCAAGGCCCUGCUAUAUCUUGCCAGGGCUCGAAUCUCGGGCUGGCGCGAGGAGUGCAUCGAGCUAGGAGCCUGGAGUCGAUCGCCCCUUUUCGCGGGGUUCGCUUGGUGCCUUCAUCGCCAAGGGUUACGGGGCAGGAUUUGGAGGAUGGGGUUCCGGAAAGUCCUUUCAGUUUUGCCCAGAGUCCGACAUUCGAACCAGGCACAGAUACAAUGCCGGAUCUAGAUUUGGGUCCCAAUGUGGAAUACCCGGAUUCUGUUUUUCAAGAGGAAGUCAAUUUCUAUGAUGCGUUUGAGAGCCUACCCAUAUACGAUGACGAUAACGACGACGAACCUGUUCCUCUGUCAGAACGAGAACAGGCUAGCGGAGGUGUCCCUUUGGGGUCACGACUCGAUUCUCGACUUGCCCUGGAACGACCAAACCUCCAAGACUGCGAUGGGUGUAGUGGGGCUGAUUCAGGAUACAGUUCUACAGGCUCGGUAAAUAGCCGUACCACGCGCAGUAGAAUGCAACACGAUGCGAGCCCGGUGGUAAUGGGCGAGGGCGCCCCUUUCCGGAAAGCGAAUAAGGGGUCUGAAAAGGUGGAGGGAGCUGAACCAGGUGUAAGGAGGAACAGGUCAAUGGCAAGGAGCAUGAUAGCGGCUAUCAAGAAGAGAUGCUCAUACGGGGACUUCAAAGUGGUACCUAAGGCGGAACCCGCUCCGGAAUUGCCUACCAACAAACCUGCAGUCAAGGUCAAGAGAUCACUAUCUUUACUGAGGCGCCGAAGGAGCACAUCAACAGUUGCCCAGGACCAGGAUUCAACAUUGGUCGUUCCGAGUCCUUUACCGGCAAUCGAACCAGUUCCACCGCUACCAGCGAGGUUCGUUAAUGCAGAACCUUUCGAUCAUCUCGUUGUGACCAAUGGUCAAGACGUUCACGGUUUGCCAGGUAGACCCGGAACGGGUCACGGGGGGAAGGCAAUAACCGACGGGAAAGAAAGGCAAAAUGAUUGUUCGACAGGCGUUGGGACACAUAAGAUCCCAAGGAGGGGAAGUAAGAUCACAGGACAGGACUACUACCAAAGAUUUUCUAUUGUAGAAACUAUUUCGUGA